AUGCAAGCGUAUCGCGAUAACUUCAAGCAGACGCCUUGCCCGACGGCCGUCGACCUGCCAGCUCCUCAAUCUGCUGUUUCCACUCCCAAUCGUUUGCCCUUCUCACGCAAUCGUGGGCGUGUCGAGCAGCCCCAUUUUAACAGCAAUAUUAACCACAAUACCAACAAUAACGUAAACCAGCCUACGGGUGCUCUUACGCCCAGAAUGAUGAGUCCAGCGCCGCCAACAGCGGACUGUUCUACCAAUGCUCUGCUGCGCCAGAAUCAGGAGCUGCGCCAGCGCUUGGCAGAUGAAUCGCAUAGUUAUCGCCGUCGUUUGGAUACUUACAAGCAGGCCCAGCAUAAUCAGGCCAAUCUCGUGAGUCGUCUGCAGUCCAAGAUUCAUCAGUACAGGCAACGAUGCAGCGAUUUGGAGGAGCGCAUGAAUGACACCAUCAAGCCCCCUACGUCAGCGGCACCCAAGCUGACCACGGGACCAACUAACAGUCAGAUUAUGUGCUCUACAUCGCUGACACUGGGACAAAGUAGUUUGCCCUGUAGCUCCUCCUUGGAGUCGCCGCCACCAAGCUGCAGUCGUGACUAUAUUCAUGAUAGCAGCAGCGAGCUAUGCCGCAAGCUGGAAGAGGAACACCAACGCUGCGAGCAGAUAUUGGCGCAAAACAAUGAGCUGCGUCAGCAACUGGUGGAGUCUAAUCGCACCAAUGAGGCGCUGACCAAUGAUUUGCAGAAGCUUACCAAUGACUGGAGCAGCAUGCGAGAUGAGCUGAUGAUGAAGGAGGAUGAGUUCAAGGAGGAGGAGCAGGCAUUCAAGGACUAUUAUAAUAGCGAACAGAAUCGUUUGCUCAAAAUGUGGCGCGACGUGGUGGCCGUCAAGCGCGCCUUUAAGGAUAUGCAAAGCAACAUGAAGGCUGAAGUGAACAAAAUGGGGCAGGAGAUCAAUAGCGUCAACAAGGACAUCAAUGGCUCCAACUCAGCGGUGGCUUUUAAUCUGCAACAGGCCAAGCGAGCCGCCGACGAGGAGUUGAAGCAAACGCGUCGCAUUGUUGAUGAGCUGCAGGGUCAGUUGGCCACGCUUAAAGUGCAAUAUGAGAGCGCCAGGCAUGAGAUAAUGGAGCGUGAUCAACGGCUGCUGGAGCUAAUAAACCAGCUGAAAAAGGUCGAGGAUCGCUGCGCACAAGCCGAAUCUCAGGCGGCAAUGGCCAAUCGCUACAACGACGAAAUCGAGCGUCUAAAUAAGUCCAUACGCGAGAUUGCGCAAGCUGUGGUCCAAGAUGCCGACACUGCCGAUCGCGACGAUGCCGAGCUCAACAGCGCCCUUCAGCACAUGCAUCUAUCACGUGACUCCGCCUCCGCAGCGGCUGGCGGCGGUAAAUCGCCGCGACGCAAUUCAAUGCGCGCCUCUCAGGCCUUUGCCGAGGGCACCAUUUCCGCAGUGCAGGCGGCCUUGCACAAGUAUCAGCUGGCCUUGCAUGACAUGCAGGUCAAGUUCCAGCACAGCAGCGAAUCCUUGCGUGCGACCAAGUCUCAACUGGAUACCAGCGAGGGCACCAAGCAGCUGCUCAGCACUAAAAUGCAAGAAUUAACCGAAAAACUUGAUGCCAGCAAUUCCAAACUUUCGGAAAUGCUGCAGGAGCGUGAGAGUUUACAAAAGACGCUGGAAGAUGUGCGUGCCCAUAAAAAUCAGUCGGAAGCGGGUCGUGCUGAUCUCAAUAAUGCGUUUGAACACUUGAGUGGCGAGUUUGAAAAGUUGCAGCUGCAUGCUGGCAAAUUGCAAAAGCGCAUCGAUGCCAUGGAUGAGGACAAGAAGGCCGUGGAGCUAGAGAUACAGCGCAUACUGAAGGAUAAGAACAUAACCGAAAUGAAUCUAAGAUCAGAGGAAGAUCGCAGCAGUCGGCUGCGUGAGGAGACAAUUUCAUUGAGGGAGGAACUAAAUCGUGUUAGCUUGAAUAGAGAUUUGUUGGAGCAGCAGCGCAUUGAGUCGGACAACUUAAUAAAUUUGCUGGAAAAGCAGAAAUCCGAUUUGGAAUACGAUCUAGACAGACUGCUGCUGGAGAAGUGUGAUCUGCAAGAGAAGCAUGAGAAGCUCUCCAGCAAUAACUGCAGCACUGGCGAUGAGCUGAAGUCAACACAAAAUUGUCUCAUGGAAACGCAGGAGGAGCGCAAGAAGCUGCGCUUGCAGGCCAACGAUCAAGCUGCUGAGAUAUGCGAGCUAAAGAAGGAGCUGUCAGUGCUGGACAAGGCACGUCUGGAGCUGGAAACGGACAAUCUAAACAGCAGCGAGAAGUUGAAAUGCCUGCAGCUGGAAAAGGAGAAAAUACUGCAGGAUCUGGCCUGUGUGACGCGUGAAAAGUGCGACAUACACAACCAGCUGACAGCCACCUGUCGCAAGAAGGAAGCGCUCAAUGAGGAGCUUAUGCGCACGCGUCAGCGUCUGGAGCAGACCAGCGAGACCAACAAUCGCCUCAAUCGCAACAUUGAAGACAUGGUCAAGGAUGUAGAGGAGAAACAGGUAGUUAUUGACUUGCAUGAGAAGGACACACAUCGCAUGAACGAACUGCUGGCGGCGCUGCGCUCUGAAAAGGAAUCGCUGGAAUCGGUCCUCUUUGAUACCAACAGCACGCUGGAGGCCACCGAGGAGAAACGCAGUCAGCUGGAACGCGAGCUGCAGGAGACCCUGGUGCGUGAGGAGUCGCUCAAGAAUCAUGUGGCGCGUCUGCAAAAGGAUCUCGAGCUGUGCCAGCGCAAGGCUCAAGAAACCAAGACGCAGCUGCUCAAUGCGGCGCGUGCAGCUGAAUGUGAAUUUAAUCAAAAGCUGGCCAGCCUGCAGACGUUAGCAGAGGAUGCAGCCAAGCGUCAUGGCGACGAGGUGUUGCAGUUGCGUAAUGCGCUGGAGAAGCGCAUGCAACAGGCACUGCAAGCGCUGCAAACAGCCAAGGAUGAUGAGAUUGAGAAACUGCAGGAGCGCCUGGCCACGUUGCAGGCACAUCUGGAGAGUCUGGUGCAGCAGCAUGAGGAGACGCUUAUACGCGCCGAAAAUGAGAAACAACAGGCGCUGCUUAUGGCGCAUCGGGACAAGCAGGCGGUGGCUGAACGCCUCGAUGCUGUGUCGCGUGAUCUUAAAGGCGAGCAAGAGGCCUUGGAUCGUCAAAAGCGCGAGGCACAUGCACGCGAUGAGAAGCAACGCGCUGCCAUAACACAGCUUAAGGAUGAGCUCGUGCACUUGCGCACCAAGGAGGAGGAAAUCAAAGUGAAACUGGAGGAAUGCAUACGCCGGCAGGAGUUGCAGCUGACUAGCAUACGUGAGGAGCGGGAUUCUCUGUGCCGCCAGAGCGAGGAGCUCAAGAUGGAGCUGCGUCUCAAGGAGGACAAAAUGGAGGGCACCAACAAUGAGCUGCAGGAUGCGUUGCGCAAGACCAAAGAAGGCGAGGGUUACAUUGAGGCUCUGCGCAAGGAGCUGACGGACACUCGCCGCCAGCUGGCUGAUAGCAACAUUGAGCGCGACAAGUACUCUGGAAGCAACAAGGAGCUGCGCGAUCAUGUGAAGCGUGUGGAGAGCGCCAAGCGUGAACAAGCGCGCGCCAUAGAGGAGGCGCUGCAGAAGAUUAGCAAUCUGGAGGAGUCCAAGCAUGCGCUGGAGAACGAACGCACACGUCUAAGCACCAUACUCAAGGAGACGGAGAAUAACUUUACCAAGACAACGCAGGACCUUAACUCGACCAAAGCGACGCUGCACAAGACGCAAAUGGAGUUUGUCCAAAAGGACGAGGGCGGCAAGGAGCUGCAGCAUAAGCUGCAGGCUGAAGUGGAGCUCAAGGAGCGUGCACAGCAGGAGCUCUGCCAGGUGAAGAAGCAGAUGGCCGAUUUGGAGGCGAAUCUGUGUGCCACACGCCAAGAUUUGGGACGCGCACGUUGCCACAACAACCAAGAGGAGCAUCGCUAUCAUGCGCGCGAGCAGGAGCUGGCCACACGCAUGGAGGAGGCACGUGGCAAGGAGAAACGUCUCGAGGAUCAGAAGCAUAAUCUCGAGGUGUGCCUGGCGGAUGCCACACAGCAGAUACAAGAGUUGAAGGCACGCCUGGGCGGCGCCGAAGGACGCAUACGUGCGCUAGAUGAGCAGCUGGCCUGCGUGGAGCUGCACAAGCGUGACUCCGAGCACAAGUUGAGCUCCGUGGUGCACACACUGCGGCGCAUUGCGGGCAUUCAAGUGGAUGGCAGCGUUAAUCUUUCCCAUCGUCUGUUGAGUCCAGCACGUCGUUAUAGCCCCUCGCGCAGCAUGGGCGACUAUGAUACUCGCAGCACUUCGCAGUGCCCGGACGGGCCCAUUGAUGUUGAUCCGGAUUUGGUACGCAAGGGUGUGCGCAAUCUAAUGCACCAGGUGGCGCAGCUGGAGCGUGAAAAGGAUGACUAUAAGUCGCAGCUGGGCGUGGCUAAGAAGCAACUGCAAGAUGCGGCAGAGCAGCAGCUACGCUGUGACGCCAAGCUGGGCAAGUUGCAGGCCAUGCUGCGUCAACUGCAGGAGGAGAAGAGCAAUCUAGAAACAGAUCGUAAGAUGAAAAUCUCUGCACUGCAAGCGCUGGAUGAGAAGCUCAAACAGCGCUCCGAUGAGUGUCAGGUGUUGCGCGAGCGUUUGGCUCAAACCGAACUGCAGUUGGCCGCCACUUCUGAGGAGAAUGGACAAAAUGAAGAACGUCUAGAGAAAUGCCGCCAGCAGUGCGGAAAGUUGGAUCACGACAAACGUCUGCUGCAGGAAGAGCUGGCCAAGGUAGAGGGACGUGCCACCAAGUUGGAUCUGCAGCGUGUUGCUUUAGAAGGUGAUCUAACGCGCCUGCAGAUGGCGCUGCAGGAGAAGGAUUGUAAUUUGCGCCAAGUCUCCGAACGCUUGGAGCAGCAAACUCGCGCACAGGCACAGCUUGAGGAUCGCUGCAGCGCACUCAAGUCCGCAGUUGAUCAGCUCAAGGAGCGUUUGCAGAAAUCCGCUUUGAGUGAGACGCAGCUGCGCGGCGAACUCAAGACCCAACAGCAGCAACUCUCAGAGCAAGGACACUGCGCCCAGGCCAAUGAGGAUAAGUUGAAGCUGCUGCAAAAGACACUGCAAACGACGGAGAAUGAGAAGCGCAUACUCAACGAGCGUCUGGAUAGCGCUCAAACCAAUCUUAAUGAGCUUCGACGCAGUCAGCAGGCACAGCUCGAUGGCAAUCAGCGGCUACAGGAGCAGGUCACCGAGCUAGAGGUGCAGCGUUCAGCAUUGGAGUCGCAGCUGCGCAUAGCCAAGUGGCAGCAGGAGAGCGGCGAUAAAGGCAAUGACAAUGGUAAUGGCAAUGGAGGAGGCGUGGAGGAGGAGCUCAACCGCCAAUUAAAGUCAACACAGCGUGAGAAAUCCGAGCUGCGCAGUAAACUGCAAACGCUGCAAGAUAAAGUGAAGCAACUGGAGUGUGAACGCAAGAGCAAAUUUGCUGGCGGCAAUGCCUAUGAGCGCGCCGAGAAGCAGAGCAACUAUGGCUAUGGCGCCACUGACGCUGGCGAAUAUGAUUCCAAUCGUUUUAAUGAUACCGGCAACACGGGCUAUAGCUGUGGCCUGGAUCAUGCCACCAUUGAACAGGAGUCGCGUGAUUUGCGUUUGAAGGUGCGACGUUUGGAGACGCUGCUGGCGGAAAAGGAAUCAGAGCUGGCGCGCUGCAAGGCACGCAUGCAUGAUGGCAACAAGUGCGACAGCCUGGACACUGAUCGCUAUCGCAGUGCCCAAAUGCAUGCCGAGAAGGUGCUGGAUGCGCGUGAGCAGUCCCACAAACAGCAGGUGUUGCGUCUCGAGAAUCAGAUAUCCAUGCUGCGUGAACAGCUGGCACAGGAAGCCAAGCGACGACAGCAAUAUGUGCUGCGCAGCUCCAAGGCCAAUCGUGAGAUGCAACAUCUGCGCAGCACCUUGGGUGAUUCGUUGCGCAAUGUCUCGCAACAUCCAGUGGAUGCGCAUUUGCUUGAAAGUGAAAGCAGACGUUUGGAUUCAGCCGUUUCCAUGAGCCUGCCGCCUUCGUCAUGUCGCGAUUAUGAUCGCGAUUAAAGCAUUAUAUAGUAGACGUUGUUAGCUGGUAACUUGAUCCCGCCAAGAUAUAACAUUCACUUCCAGCGUCAGGCACAUAAUAUGCAUUUAUUUUAAGGGC